AUGUGGAAAGCUAUAUUACUUAUGGUGUGCUUGCUGGUGGCAGGUGUUCAACCAAUAGAGAACCCGGUUUAUGGUGUUAAACUCUGUGGACGAGAGUUCAUCCGUGCAGUCAUCUUCACUUGUGGAGGUUCACGUUGGAAAAGGUCACUAAUGAGUACAGAUGUUUUAGAUGAUUCUUUUAGCUCACAAGAUUAUUCAACAGAAGGUUUGCCACAGAACUCAGCAGAAACCAUCCUCCAAAGGAACAAAGACUCAGCCUUUACCUCCAAGGACAGUGGGAAUAAAAUGUUUACCAGACAGGCCCGCUCCUUCAUCUCAGAUGAAAUUCUUGAAGCCCUGCGCAAGGCUGAUCGCAAGGGGCGAGAUCUGGUGUUGGGAUUGUCCAGUGCCUGCUGCAAAUGGGGCUGUAGCAAGAGUGAAAUCAGUUCUCUCUGUUGA